AUGUCCGGAACACAUGCUUCCCAUGAUACCAUUCGUGCUCGUGUUCACAUGUGGUUCGGCAUGUUACCUCACAAAUUUGUAAUGGACAAGGUUGAAGUCGUUUUCAAUGCAGCACGGUAUCGAAUGUUUUUGGGUCAAUUAGAAAUAAUUGAAAAUCGACAAGAUCAACCGGCAUUUCAACCAUCAUUAUCGAGUGAAAUAAGUGCAGUGGAACGAGAAUAA